GCGAAGCAGCCUUACUGUAAUAGGCAGACUUAAUAAGUUGCUCAGCCUGUGUCUUCCUUCUUUCUAGCCGAUCAUAAUCAUUUUCGUCUCGCUGCCCUCCUUGGAGGAGGGACCAUGAAUACAGGAAGCACACGCUGGUUUUGCCUUGAGCCACAAAAAAACGCCAACUAGACUGUCUUACGCAAAAAUAAAAUGGAGCUCCGAGUGUUGUUAUCCUUCUUGAUCCUCCUCGUUUUAGGUUCGUUCUCAGAAUGUUCCAAAGCGAGGAGAGGACCAAAAGUCACAGUUAAGGUGUUCUUUGAUAUAACGGUGGGCGGGCACGAGGUCGGCAGGAUUGUCAUUGGUCUAUUUGGAGACGUGGUUCCUCAGACUGUCAAUAACUUUGUUGCUCUAGCCACGGGAGAGAAAGGGUAUGGCUACAAGGGAAGCAAGUUUCACAGAGUCAUCAAAGACUUCAUGAUCCAAGGAGGGGACUUCACUGCUGGGGAUGGAACAGGAGGCAGGAGCGUCUAUGGUACUUCCUUCCCCGACGAAAACUUCAAGCUGAAGCACCUGGGGGUCGGGUGGGUGAGCAUGGCCAACGCAGGGCCCGACACCAACGGCUCGCAGUUCUUCAUCACCGCCGCCCGGGCACCCUGGCUGGACGGCAAACACGUGGUGUUCGGCAAGGUCCUGGACGGCAUGUCUGUGGUUCACACGAUCGAGCUCCAGGACACAAACGAAAGGAACCUGCCCUAUACGGAGUGCGUGAUUGUCAACAGCGGGAAGAUUGAAGUCAAGGAGCCCUUUGUGGUAGAAGUGGAGGGCUGGUAGGAUUAGCGUUACGCGCUAAUAACACUAAUCGUACUACCACCCUGCUACUGACAUGCCUGAUUUUUGCUUGUUACAGAAGUUCACUGUAAUGCUUACAGGUUCUAAAGUAUUUUCUGUCCUAAUAACGUAGCCAUAUGAUACAUGUAAGAUCCAGUUUUAAGGUACUGUAUGCAACUUUUUAUAUUCUACUUGCCAAGCAAAAAAGGAAGUGUACACGUAUGCACCAGCUGAAUAGCACUUUACCAUUGUGACACAUGCUGAGAAGUAAUAUAUAUGCCAAACAUUGUGCUGUGUAAGUAAAUGAUUUUUCUGCAUUUCUUGAUAAAUGCAGUAUUUGAGUGCCAGGAAGGCUGCAUUGUGGGUGCCAAUGAAUUCCCUGCCACAUAUGCAAGUUUCGUACAAAACGUAUGUAAAGAUUCGCUGUAUUUAUUUCAGAAAUUGUGGUUGUAGACAAACGUGGGUAGCUCUUUUCCAGAUUCUCCCCUCCACCACUGGCACGUAAGUUGUGAAAACAUGCAUGUAAAAGCACAGAUACAGCAAGCUUUAGAGCCUGGAUUUAUUACAGACCUUCAUUGUCAGUAGACCUUCUACAUCUUGCGUGCAAUAUGGCAUAAUGGCUAAAAUUAUUUUAUAUUACUAUGAUUUUUUAAAAUUCAGCCCUUGUCAGACAUUCCCAACAUCCAGCAACCUGCUAUAUGUUGCAUAUCAUGUGAUGAUUGAUGUGAUAUUAGCAGCUAACUCAUCUAUGAGUUACUGUGUCCUUGCCUGACCAUUCUUCCCACGAUGCACUUCACUUAGCACUACAUGCUAAGUACUUGGCACAAGAACUGGAAAAAGAACUACCCUUGCCACAUUUUGUUUUGAACCCUAUAUGGUCAGUGGGGCAUCCCUUCAAGUGCAGUGUUUAGUUAAUGGUGUAACAAUGAGAAUUAAUCAGCGGCAGAUAUGACCAUGAAAACUGUGUGUUCACCUCACAAAUGUUCAUAGCACACUGCAACAUUUUAAGAAGUGAAACACAUGCGCGCACACAAACACACACACAUACAUACAUGCAUACAUACACACACAAGCUAACUAACCAUAAAUUGGGGAGAAGAACUUAAGUUAUGGUAGCUAGCUGGCUCGUCAAUAUGUGACCUUCUAUAUCUUGUUGAAAUCAUCCAUCUCGAUAUAGUUAAUGGUAAGGAUAAGGCAUAAAGCAUACAUUUUUUCAGUUGUAUUAAACCAAGAGACAUUCAUGCAAGGGCAGCAUGUCUACCUGUGAUGCCCAUAUAACAAUGUAAGAGUGACAUUUUAAGUAAGUUCAGUUUUGUAUCGCCAUAGUAAAUAACUGGUGUACGCAAGGGUCUUAGACAUCAGUAUGGAAUUAUUAUUCACCGUUCACUGACAGUUCUUUCAUAUGAUAGCAGUUAUAUUUGUUUGCUCUUGGGUACACCAGAAACAGCGGAUGAAUUCAUAUAUUUUCAUAAAUUUCUUAAACAUUUCAUUAAAAUGUCCUGUUUGGUAAAAUAUGUACUGCAUAAGACCCAGGUCCACUGUGUGCUGGCUUUCCUGGAGGAAAUUCCAGCUGCCAACCUAAGAUGGAUUCUGGCUGGUAUCAACGUCUGUUCCAGCUGGAUACCAUCUGGAAUUUGGUGAUGGUCUGUUGUCUGGCCCACUAGCUGGACAUGGUCUUGCCAGUGUGGUUGCUGUGUCAACCACCUUGUUGCCAACUUGACCAUCGCCAAACCAGCUGGACCAGCUUAAAACCAGGCAGGAACCAAGCUGGUAUUUCCACCAGGCUUUGUAUGGAAACUAAAAUAAAGUAUCAUUUCUUGAAUGAAUAA